UUCAGGGUCUUAUUUAUUAACGGACCGUGUGUGCGGAAAAUGCGUGCUUUGCACACUGAGGUCAACUAGGAGUUAAUUGGACAUUUUCAGGCAUUGAAACAAAUAUAUUGUAUAAUUAGUAGAUAAUCUGGGUUUUCAUACCAGGGUUUUGUCCACUUGCAGUCAUGGCGAAAAAGAAGCGACUCCGUCUCAUCGCAGAAAUGGCUCGGAAGAUCCGGGCGUACCGAGAGCUGAAGUCUCGGCCGAAGGAGUCCCAGAAGUACGCCCUGGACUACCAGAGCAUGAGGCGGCCUCUCACUGGGAAGAUGCUGCCCGUGUUGGCCUGGCAAGACAUCCGCAGGGAGAGCCGCCUCUUCUCCCUGCUGGCGGGGAUGAGGCUGUUCGGAGUCGGCCGCAUGUUCACCCGUAAGUCCUGGUUGGAGGAUCACCCAGAGCCCAGCUACUGGCAGAUUACCAAGGUCAAAGUGGACUACACAGCUGAGAACAUGGAUCAUGGCAAAGCAUGGGGAAUCCUCACAUAUAAAGGCAAACAGGAAAAAGAGGUGAAGGAGGUGGAGAAGGUGAUGUACCACGACUGGCGCCUGAUUCCCAAAGACAUGGAGCAGCAGUUCAAGGACUUCCAGCCCCUCCCGGAGCCUCCAGUGCGCUACGUCCCUUACCCUCCCCUGCUCCGCGCCAUGAUACUGGCACAGCGUGGGAGAGCUGCAGGCAGGACGGUGACAGAGGAGCCGGCCUUGCCCUUACAGAGGAAUGUGGUGUUCAACAAAGACUAUUUCCGCAGACAGGAAGAAGAGAAUCGGAAGAAAGAGGGGACAGCGGUGUAAACCAGAGCGGCGUUUUCAAGGAUUCGUUUGAGCCGCUGUUGAGUACUGGACUCAAAUAAGGUUUCUUUAUAAUCUCAUAGAGAACUGUGUAUGUUUGUAUGUGCUAAAUAUUAAAAGCGGGAUCGAACCGGCUCCUUCAAUGGUUUGUUUUCUUCAUUAAAGUCAUUUGCUGCUGUUUAUAUUGUUCCCCUGCAGCAAGAAGGUUCCAGGUUUGAAUCCUGUGCAAAAUGUAAGAAGACUGUGGCUGUCAGUUGCAGUACAUUGCACAAAGAUAACUUUUAAAAAAAAAGUCCAGCUGUGUGCAUUUCAGAUAAAAGCAGUUCUACAGAACAGAACAGUUUGACCAGAACAUGAUUUAAAUCUAAUCACUACACCAUUCAUUUAUGCUUUUAAUACAGCAAAUGUACAAAAUCCUAUUUGUUUUAAACUUCAAGUAUAAACAACAAAAAAAAGAUCAAUAAAAAUAGACAAUAUACAGGAUGAAUUAAAAAUUAUGCUGAUAAAUAUUAAAAAUCUUUUUUUUACAUGUCCUUUUGACUCAUGUUUUGAGAAACAUUGGAGUGAUGAUUUCAACAAAAUACGUUUUCUGUUAAGUGCUGUGGCUAGAUGGGCGCUGAGCUCUGUAAAAAUGAAAUAAAAAUUUGAAAGAAGUAGACCUUCA